AAUAGCAUCAGCAGGAAACUGUGGUAGGUAGAGAGAGGAGAGAGAGAGAAUCUAACUAGUUGUUAAUUAACCAUGUCUGAAAUUUGAGAGAUCAAUUCAACGUAAAACAAAAUCAAUAACUGAGAUAUGGCGGCAACACCACCACUCCAAUCCUCCUCCUCCUCCUCCACCGCUUCACGCAAAAAUCUUUCUUACUAUAGUUACAUCUAUAACAACAAAUGUCCCAAAUUCCCUUCUCUCCUCUUCAAAACCAAAUCACAGACUACUAUUAGUAUUAGGAUUAGGUGCGACGCCCAAAAUUGGAGUGCUGGGUAUGUAUCUGCGGCAACCAAUCACCAUCUUCACUCGAUCCAAAACUCUUCUCCUUCUCCUUCCUCCUUUUCAAUUCCCUCCGCCUCCUCCUCCUCAUCGGAGUCCUCUCCUUCCAAAAGGGUUUGCCUUUUCUACUGCGCUGAAACCAAACCCUUAGCUCAACGAAUCGCUGCCGAGUCCGAUUCAAUCGAGCUCCGCUCCAUCUCUUGGAGGACAUUUGAUGAUGGGUUUCCGAAUUUAUUUAUACCAAAUGCACAAGGAAUUAGGGGUCAGCAUGUAGCCUUUCUGGCUUCUUUUAGUUCCCCCAAAGUAAUAUUUGAGCAGCUUUCAAUUAUAUACGCUUUGCCCAAAUUGUUCAUUUCUUCCUUCACCCUCGUCCUUCCCUUUUUUCCCACUGGAACUUCGGAGCGUAUGGAGGACGAAGGAGAUGUUGCCACUGCCUUCACUCUUGCUAGGAUCUUGUCCAAUAUACCAACUUCCAGGGGAGGUCCUACUAGCUUGGUCACUUUUGAUAUCCAUGCUCUUCAGGAGAGGUUCUACUUCGGAGAUAAUAUUUUACCAUGCUUUGAGAGUGGAAUACCUUUGCUUAAAAAUAGGCUUCAGGAGCUCCCUGAUUCUGACAAAAUAGCAAUUGCUUUUCCUGAUGAUGGUGCAUGGAAACGAUUUCAUAAACAACUGCAUCAUUUCCCUACGAUCAUUUGUGCUAAAGUUCGGGAAGGUGACCAAAGAAUUGUGCGUAUCAAGGAGGGAGACCCUCGAGGACGUCAUGUUGUUAUUGUUGAUGAUUUGGUUCAGUCGGGUGGCACUCUGGUAGAAUGUCAGAAAAUAUUGGCUAACCAUGGAGCGGCAAAAAUAAGUGCCUACGUGACUCAUGGGAUUUUUCCAAAUAGAUCGUGGGAGCGCUUUGAAUCUGAUAAUGGAGGCCACCCAGGGGCAGGGCUAACCUACUUCUGGAUUACAGACUCAUGCCCAUUGACGGUGAAGGAAGUGAUGAACAAACCGCCAUUUGAAGUUCUAAGUCUUGCCGGUUCAAUAGCAGCUGCCCUUCAAAUCGGGCAGUUGUUCUAAUUCCCCUGAUCAUCUUGAUGGUGUCUGUCAAAGCAGUGAGAACUGCUGAUAAUGAGAGUUUCGAUUUUGUUUUCACCUCUUUUCUCUUUUCAUUUUUCAAUUCUUUUUUCUCCUCCAGUUUUACUAAUGUUUCAUUCAUCUUGACAUGUGGGAUUGAUGUCAAGUUUUUGGUCUUUGAAAAACUAUGAGAACAGGAACUUCCAGGCAGAAUAAAGUUUUCAAGUAGGAUUUUCACCUCAAUAAGCAAUUUGUAAAUUUCACUUGUUGAUCACCAUCAGUCUUUUAAGUUUUAUGUUUGGACUUCGGAGGGAAAAGUUAAGUCUGCUAUGGGGAACACUUGUGUUAUUUCUAGAGGAGCACUGUUUUUAGCCUUUUGAGCUGUGCAAUAAAGAUGUUUUUUUAAUUUUAUUGAAUAA